CUGUCCUCAGGUCAGUGCGGCAGGAAAAGCGCAGAGGAGACGAAGCGGAGACGGAGGGAGAGAGGGAGAAGAGGAGAGGAGGAAAAACAGUCAGAAAAGAAAACAGAGAAGGACAACAUGGACGCGAAUAGUCUGUGAUCACUCGUCACCUUCCUCCUCUGACACACAGCCGCUGCUCCGUCCUGUCGACCAGGAGGAGGAGGAGGAUUAUGAGAAUGUCAUGGAAUGGAGGAAAUCUUCAGAAAGCCUGUUUCUAAACUGCGCCGUGAGGACAUCACUGAACCAUAAGGACAUCAAACUGACGGGGAUGGCGCUCAUGUAGACCAGGAGCGACAGUUCAACCCACAAAUCAAAGUUUUCAGGGUUUCGUUGUCUUUUUUCUUUUUUUUUUUUCCAGGACGAGAGGAGCAUUUUUUUUUUUUUUCCUGCUUCGGAUUCCUGUGGACGGGAUGACAUCCGCAGUCAGGAGGAGUUGCUCGGGCUGACUUGCGCCUCAGCCGCAGUGUGUAGCGGGAUCCUGACUCAGGGAAGAUGGGAGAUCAUGCGGCAGAGGACAGAGGCAUGAGACGGACCUUCAUCGUUCCUGCCAUUAAGAGCUUCGACCACUAUGACUUCACCAGAGCCAAGAUCUCCUGCAGCCUGACCUGGCUGGUGGCCAAGGCUUUCGGCUCGGACGCAGUACCAGAUGAGCUGGCCGAGCCUUUCUACAGGGACCAGUACAACCAGGAGCACCUGAAGCCUCCAGUGGCCUGCCUGCUCCAGUCUGCAGAGCUCUACUGCCGAGCUGGGAGCCUCAUCCUCCGCAGCGAUGCUGUCAAACCUUUACUGGGACACAACGCCGUCAUCCAAGCCCUGGCCCAGAAAGGCCUGUAUGUCACUGACCAGGACCGACUGGUCACAGAGCGAGACCUGACCAGCACCCCUAUAAACAUGAGUUCCCAUCUGGCGCUCAUCGAUACGCUGAUGAUGGCGUACACUGUGGAGAUGGUGAGUGUGGAGCGGGUGAUGUCCUGCAUCAACAGGUUCUCCUCUGCUGAACCAUCACACAGUGACGGACACAUUCCGGAGCUGCCCUAUGACACUGAGGAUGCAAUCACCACCUGGAUCAACAAGGUGAAUGAUCACCUGCGGGACAUCCUUGUGGAGGAGCAGAAGCUGAGAGAAUCUUCCUCUCAGGAGUCGGCAACAAACACGGCAACACACAAAUCUCCCAGCAAAUGGUACUGGAGAUUAGUACCUGCCCGCUACAGGAGGGAGUUUGCCCAGCAUCGGAGUGCUCCGUCACUCCCCCUGGUGGAUAACCUGCUAAAGGACAACACGGAUGGCUGUGCCCUGACCGCCUUAUUGCACUUCUACUGCCCACAGGCAAUCAGACUGGAAGACAUCUGUCUCAAAGAGACCAUGUCACUAGCCGACAGUCUGUACAACCUCCAGCUCGUGCAAGAGUUCUGCAAGAACAACCUCAGCCACUGCUGCCACUUCAGCCUGGAGGACAUGCUCUAUGCACACGCAUCCAUAAAGAGUAACUAUCUGGUUUUCAUGGCUGAGCUUUUCUGGUGGUUUGAAGUGGUUAAACCUUCAUUUGUAGAGCCAAGAGUCUUCAACCCAAACGCCUGUGAGCCAGUGUCCUCCAGAAACAUGGCCCCUGCAUCCAGUCCAGUCAAACAGAGCUAUGCAGACAGACCUGACAGCCCAGAGAGCAUCUCUGCUGAGGCAGGUACAAUGAAGAGAUCUACCUCCAUGUCAUACGUGGACGGCUGUGUCGGGACCUGGCCCAAAGAAAAACGUUCCUCCUCUCGUGGAAUCUCCUUUGAGAUUCCUUUGGACAAAGACCCAGCGGUGCCGCCCUGUGAAGCCUCCUCCCUCGGAGGGAUGACCCGCUCAGCCUCCAGUGAUGGUCUUGGGUUCAAAGUUCACUAUGCAUCCAGAGGAGGCAUGAAACGCCACCUCUCCCUCACGCCCGUCAAUGGUCAAAGCAAACACAUACCGGAGGAGGAUGAGGACUUCACCUCCCACAAACCUGUGGGGCGGAGCAACACGUUCUCAGUCAAGAACCAAAGCAGGUACUCUAAUGGAGUCCUCUCAGACAGUAACCAUGGCAACCAUGGUAGCAUCAGCCCUUCAACACCUCCGAGCAUUGAGGAGGCCUUGAAGAUUAUCCAUGACUCUGAAAGGCCUCAUGCUCUCCUGGGUGUGGGGGAAGGAGACAAUGGUUUCUUCCUCCACGGUGCAGAGCCUCCUGAUCCACCAGGGGCCCAAGGUCCUGGAGACGACCUGAGUUCGGCUAAGGCUCGACUGAACGACCAUGAGCCCAACUCGUUGUCCACCGAUGAAGUCGACACAGGCAUCCAUGUGAGGACAGAGGACAUCCAGAGCUUGGAUGAGGACUCCUCCUCACUGAGAGACUAUUCAGAUAUAGACCCAGACUGUGAGACCAUGACCAGGUCGUGUCCUCUGCCCGAGCGGACAGAGAUGGCAAGAAACAGAGAAGGAGGGUGCCAAGGGGUUGGUGACACUAAUCCUGGGGGGGACGAGAAGGGAGAUGGAGGAGACAGGAGUCAACCCUGCCCCAGCCCAGCACCCACACUCCUCAGAUCUCACACCAUCAGCCCCACCUCAUCCUCUGGUGGCUCUGGAAGAGGCAUGGUGCGGAUGACGAGCUUUGCAGAGCAGAAAUUCAGGAAGCUGGAGGGCAGGAGUAGUGGAGGAACAACACCAGAGAGCACAGAUCUCAAUUUACCAUAUGCACACCCAACAAAAAAUACUUCUGCUCAGAUCUCUACACCUCCUCUGCCAAUCAUAUCCCCUUCUCCUGUAACACCUUCCCCCAGAGACCCGUCUCACCUCAUAGCCUCAGAGAUGAUCCAACUGAGGAUGAAGCUGGAAGAGAAACGCAGAGCCAUUGAAGCGCAGAAGAAAAAGGUGGAAGCAGCUUUUACUCGCCAUCGCCAGAGGAUGGGCAGAACAGCCUUUCUAAAUGUUGUGAGAAGGAAAGGAGUCACGGCCCCGCACAGUCCCAGCUCAGGCGGAGCAGAGACACCUUCCCCCGAGCCGAUAACAGCCAUGAAAGACACCAGCCAGGGCAGCAUGGAUCGCGCCGAGAGGUGCAAACCAGAUGGAGCAGCUCCCAAAUCCCCCUGUGAAGAUGGUGGAGAUCCAGGUGUGACUCCAGGAGAAAUCGACCUUUCAGAAUACACGCGCUCCAUUGAGAGGCUGAACACGUCGCUGGGCUUCCUGCAGACAGAGAUGCAGCGUUUGGGUCAGCAGCAGGAGAAGAUCAUGGCCAUGAGAGACCAGCAACAACAAGCCUGGGUCAUUCCUCCUCCUGCUCCAUCGCCGCACAGGCAGCUCCGUGAGUUGCGGAGCAGCAGCGUGACAGGCCGAGGCUCAGUUGGGUCUUUGUCUCCCAACAUGUCUUCUUCUGGCUCUCCACGCGCUCCCAACCGCUCCCCUGCUGGCAUCAAGCGGCGACCGGCCUCCUUCCAUGCCAGAACACCUCGGACUCCACGACCAAAUGACCUGAAAGUCACCCCCUUGAACCGAAUGCUCAACAUGCCCACUUCAGUGGACAGCCUUCCCAGGCUGAGGCGUUUCACUUCCAGCCAAAGCCAGAUCAGCUCUUUCGCCUACUUUGGCAACGAGGUGGGAUCCAGGGAGAGCAUGAGCCAAGAGGCCAUGGUCAACAAAGAAAACACUAAAGAUGAAGAAGAGACAACGGUGAAGAAGAGUGCUGGCGCUCCUCUACCUCCUAAAAAAGACACUGCCAAAGAGAGGGAAGGGGCUGAGCCGGCUCAGUCAAAGGGGGAGGUCAAGCAGUUGAAGACAACAUCAGAGGUGUUGCAGCAGCCGGUGACCGAGGCCCAAGGGGACGCAGGCAGGCGGGUCGAAGGAGACACUCAGGACAGGAGAGACCUGGUGGAGGUGCCUUUGUCUGGACUCAAUCCCCCUGGAGACCACGAGAUGACAGGAGAGGGAGAUACUGGAGGGGACAGCUAUGGUGACGAUCAAAAGAUGUGCUGUGGAUUCUUCUUCAAGGAUGACGUGAAAGGGGAAGAGGACAUGGCAGCAAAGAAAGCAGCGUUGCUGGAGAAGAGGCUGAGGAGGGAGAAGGAGGCUCAGGAGAAGAAGCAACAGCAGGAGCUGGACCAGGAGGAGAAGAGAGAAGCUGCACGGCUGAAAGCAGAGGAGGAGCAGCAGAAGAAGGAUGACGAGAAAGACAGGAGGGAUUACAUCAAGCAUGAGUAUCUGAGGAGAAGGCAGCUCAAACUGAUGGAGGACAUGGAUCAAGUCAUCAAGCCUCGAUCUGGAAGUCUCAAGAAGAAGCCACGUCCCAAGUCCAUCCACAGGGACGUCAUGGAGUUGUCAAACCCUCCAGUGAGAGCAACAGGCGUGCGACCUCGAGGCUUCUCCGUGUCAAGCGUUUCUUUGGCGUCUCUCAACCUCGCUGACAACGACAGAGAUCAGACAGAUAACAGGAAGAACAACAGAGGCAAUAAAUUAGCCUCUGCACAUACCCCAUUCUUUCUAAGCUCCCCCAAAGAAAGAAAGGGAAGGCCGGACUCUGCGGAGGGUUUUUCUCCUUGUCCUUCUGGUGAUAGUCGCAAUGGAGAGAAGGACUGGGAAAAUGAUUCAACCACCUCCUCUACUCCCUCCAACACUGAGUACACAGGACCCAAACUAUACAAGGAGCCCAGUGCCAAGUCCAACAAGCACAUCAUCCAGAACGCUCUGGCUCACUGCUGCCUGGCUGGCAAAGUCAACGAGGGGCAGAAAAACAAGAUACUUGAUGAAAUGGAGAAAUCCGAGAUCAACAACUUCCUGGUGUUGUUCCGUGACGCUGGAUGCCAGUUCAGGUCUGUGUACACCUACUGCCCCGAGACCGAAGAGAUCACCAGGCUAGCAGGCAUCGGGCCCAAGACCAUCACGACCAAGAUGAUCGAAGGCCUCUACAAGUACAACUCAGACAGGAAGCAGUUCAGCCGGAUCCCUGCCAAAACCAUGUCCGCCAGUGUGGAUGCCAUCACCAUCACAAGCCAUCUGUGGCAUGGCAAGAAGCAGGGAACAGCCAAAAAACUGCACCCCAAAUAAACCCAGAUGGUUUAUACAUGCUAUUUUAAAAAGGAACAAGGACAAAUUUGUGGAUUUUUUUGAUUUCGUCAAAGGGACACACGUGGUUCCUCUUUAUUAUAAAUCACAACUGGAAUGUAGAACGCAAGGGAGCUUCUCAGAGUCUGUUGUUACAAUACAGAACUGACUGUUGACACUCUGGACUACUCUGAGCGGAGCACAUGUUCGUAUGUGUCAGCAUGUGUAUCAAUGUUCUUGUGUGCCAAAAAAAAGAGAAGAAAAUAAUAGGCGGACCGAUGCCUUACCUAGUUGAACCACUGAAGCACUGAAUGUCACGCCCCUCUAAGAGGCAGUUUGGUUUCUGUACGUUGAUCAUGUGUGGCCUUAUGCUUGCUUUUUGUCAUAAUGGACGUGUGUGUUGGUGGCAUUUUGUCAGCGCCUGUUGAAAAAGUCUGUUGUGGUACAGGAAAGGCUGUGUGUGUGUACAUUUAAAGGGUGGUUUGUCUGAUCUACAAUCAGGUAGAGGCAGCAUUUUUUUAAAUAAGCGUUUUGCUGCUGCACAGGCACGUGUUUGUUUUCCUUUUCUUUUCUUUUUUUUUUACAUGUGACGGAAAAAAUUAUUAAACACGUCAAUUUGGUGUAUGUGUGUGUGUCAAGUGAAGUGCCAUGAAGAGUGAGGAAAAUACCUCAGUUGUGAUGAGAUUACUGAGCGAAUGGAGAACCAUCACGAAAGCUCUUAAUUUAUUAUUGAAGAUAUUUUUUAAAAAAGGUGUUUCAGAUUUUAUUUGCAGAAACAUAAUAUACUAAAUAAGUUAAAUGGGUUUGUACAUAAUACUGGUUACACUCAAACAAACGAAGUCCGCUUGUAGUUGCUUUUGUGUGUCUUUCAUAAGUUAUCAUGUACGUGUGUCAGUAUGUCGUUGUCAUUUGUGGCCUUUUGUUGUGCUGCAAAUGACAAAAAAAAAAAAAGUGUGAUCACUCCGCAGUAACACUCAUAAGACUAUCAUCAGUAUUAGAAUAGAUGGAAAUGCCCACACUGUGUCAUCAGUCUGUGCAAUGAUCUAAGAGUCAUUUAAAAUAACCAGCACUGGCCAUGUUGCAGCUGGUUUGAAAUGCUAUACAUUCAAAACUGUCACUUUAAUGUGGAUUGUCUGAAGUGUGUGAUCUUGAUUCCCCUCAGCGUUAUCCACAGUUGUAAAUAAACAGAUCCACCCUAGGAUAGCACUUCAAGACCUUGUCUACUGUCAAGUCUGGUCAAAGAUUACGACUGUCAUGCUUGUUUACUUUACUUUUGACAUUACUGUUGCAUUUGUUGUCAUUCGACAUUGGUUGACAUUGUACAGAUAUAUUUUGGCAUAAAGAAGUAUUUUUUGUAACAAUCUGUUGGAGGUGUGUGCUGAUGAAGCAGAGAAAGGAUGUGCGGUGAGAGAAGUGUGAGGGUCUAUAAAGUCUUCAUGAGGCUUUGUUGCGGUGUUGUAUGUAUGAAAUCUAGUAGUAUACUUUUAAAAAAAAUCAUUAUUUUCUUUUCCAACUCUGAGUUUAUUUUCUUUUCAGUUAACUAAAUAUGGAAUUGUUUUUUUUUUAUUACUUUGAGCUUUAUUAAAAUGCCAGCUAUCAACAGUC